GCCCUGCACGCCAGCUCCCGGUUCCCCGGAUUCUGCGGUGCAGCCGGGAAAUCACGCCGCCCGGCCACCUUCCCGCUGUGCGGCCCUUUGCCGCCCCCUGCCGCCGCGGCGUGGACACGGCAGGCCCGCCCACCCGCCUCCGGAUUGGCCAGUGUGCAGGACUCGGGCGCAGAGGCCCUGCCUCCUCUCCGGGUCCUUUGAUCACGCGCCGGAGGGCUCUUCCGGGGCCAGAGCCAACCCACGGUGUUGCUGUCAGAGCUGCUCGGCGGGAGGGAGCCCAGGGGAGGCGCCCUCCCGAGGCCACCAUUGCCCAUGCAGACCACCCAGCCAUCUGGCUACUGAUGUCAUGAGUAACACGACAGUGCCCAAUGCCCCCCAGGCCAACAGCGACUCCAUGGUGGGCUAUGUGUUGGGGCCUUUCUUCCUCAUCACCCUGGUCGGGGUGGUGGUGGCUGUGGUAAUGUACGUGCAGAAGAAAAAGCGGGUGGACCAGCUUCGCCAUCACCUGCUCCCCAUGUACAGCUAUGACCCUGCAGAAGAGCUCCACGAGGCGGAGCAGGAGCUGCUGUCUGAUGUGGGCGACCCCAAGGUGGUGCACGGCUGGCAGAGCAGCUACCAGCACAAGCGAAUGCCCCUGCUGGACAUCAAGACAUGACGGUUCACAACCCUCUUACUUGCUAUCCACAGCUGGCCCUAAGCCUGUUUUCCUUGUGGAGUGGGUGACAGCCUUGCUUUCUCUAGCCUGCUUGGACCUUGCUGUGGCACAAUCCAAGAGGCCUCUGGAGUUG